GGCGUCGUGCCUGCCCCGUGGUGGUGGGGGGGAGGAGGGGAGGGGAGAGGGGGGGGAGCAGCAGUGUGGGAGGAGCGUUGCCGGUGGCCGUGCUGGACAGCCAUGACUUCGUCAAUGGUAGAUUACCUGAAACGAUAUGCCAGCCGUGGUGAUGAUGACAGCGGAAGAAAAGAGCAGGGGGAUAUGAAGAAGAAGAAACAGAAGAAGAAGAGGAAAGUGGGGGUAGAUACGGGGAAUGUGGUCAAUACAGCGGCGUCUAUACGGGGAAUGGUCAUUGUUGACGACGAUGCGCCAUGGCAAAAGGAAGUUAAGGAAGAAGUGAGUGACGUGGAAGAUGAAGAGGAUGCUCCCCAAGUGGAGAAGGAUGAAGAAGUGAGGAUCAUGGAGAGGCUGAAGGAGGCGAGAGAACGGAGGCCAUUGUUGACCAUCGGUGGAGACAGAGGUGGGUGGGUAACGGUUGCAGAUAAAGCGAGGAGCGAAGGGGCGGAAGCAGCAGCAGCAGCAGCAGCAACAGCAGCAGAAGUGGAACAAGGGUCUUCGCGCCCACAGCAGCAGGAGGGGGGGGAGGACGGUGCUGUUGCACCCUUACCCUCCUCUUCCUCCUUAGGCUCUUCACCUCUGCGGCACAAGGGCAGGCCUUCAUCUAUGGAGAUAACUCGUAGCAGCCCUCAGAAAAGGCCUGGGCAGGCCAGUGGGCAGCAGACUCAUGAUGAGCGGUUUCCACCUGAGCUCAAUAUGCGGCCAGAUGCACAGGGCGACAUCUCCCCGCCGAGGAGGAGUUCUUCAAAAGUUUCGUCAGAAUCAGCCCGUCGAGGAACCCGCCAUGACGUCAGACAAAAUCGUGAUGACUGGGGAAGCGCGCUGCCGGAUAUGAUAGCUGCUGAUAAAAACAAGCCUCGUCUGCUGGAUUGCUCCCGCUCCUGCAGUUCUUCGCACGUCUCAGUUGGCGGCGGCGGGGAAUGGCAUGCGGCCUCUGAUGGAGGGCAAAUGGUGAUGACGACGAAGCAGGCGAAGAGGGCGAAGGACAACAGCAGCGAUCAUUCCGAUUCCCAUAAUCGCAAGGCCCAGCGUCAUGAUUCACCACCGCCAGAGAAGUCGCGGCCGGCGCUGGCCGGGAUUGGCAGAGAUUGCCGUCGAGAUUCUCUACUGCUUAGGAAAGAAGUGUGCCGCCAUGGUUCUGUUGACUUGUCGCCGCCCAGGAAAGCCCGCCUUCCUGAUUGUCCUCCGGAUUCAUCGCCAGCUAGGAAGGAGCACCGCCACGGCCGCCAGGACUCUCCAGAUCCGUCCUCCUCGCCUUUGAGGAGAUCCCACCGCCCUCCUCCUCAUUUGAUCCCACCAUCUGGUGGCAGGAGAGGGCGGGAAGUUUUGCCGGAUUUGUCCCCGCCCAGAAAAGGGCGCCGCAGCCAUGGUUCCCCCUCUGCCGAUUCAUCACCAACUGCGAUGAUUCGCCGAGAUUCUCCCGCCGAUCUGUUGCCCGUGAGGCGGAGAUCCCGCCAUGAUUCUCCUGAUCUCUCCCCGGGAGGCACGAGGAUGGCUAGCCGCCAUGUUUCGCCAGCUUUGCCGUCCCCGUCCACACAAAGUCACCGCCACCACCGGCACCACCAAGCUUCUUCUCCAGAUUCGACGCCACCGCCAAGGAAAUCUCUUCGCUCUUCUCCUGUGGCCGUCUGUCCUCCUCCGGCAGGAGCCCGGCUUGAUUCUCCAGAUCCCGACGUAUCUCCGCCCAGAAGAGGUCCGGGGCCUAUUUCAUCAGACUCGGAUCUCUCUCCACCGCCCAGGAAAGCGCGUGGUGAUGGCGGCGGUCACAAUUCCCCAGCUUUGUCUCCACCACGCAAGGGCCAUCACGUGUCAUCUCCGCCGACCUCCUCCUUGCCUGUGAGCAGGACUCGGUGCGCUUCUCCUGAUCUCUCACCUCGUCACACAAGAUGGCGGCACCAUGAUGUUCGAGAUCUGUCACUGCAUCAAAAACCUUGCGGCCAUGAUUCUCCAGAUUUGUCUGCUUCUAAAAAGCAAACUCUCCGUGGCAAUUCUGCUGACGAUGGAUCUUCAGAUCUGUCGCCAUCCAGGAAAGGGCUUGAAGGCAAGUUUUCCCCUCGAAGUAGUACCAGCCCCAGUCCUCAGGAUUUACCUUCCCCCAGGAGAACUCGCCGCUGCGAUGUUCCUGAUCUCUCCCCAGCCAGGAAAACCCGCCACAAUUCUCCCGACCUCUCAACAGGUGGCAACAAAGACCAUGAUAAUUCUCUUCGUCGCGGUUCGGCGCCGUCCGGGAAACGCCGUCAUGACUGUCCUCCCCCUGAUUUCUCUCCACCACUCAGGAAAUCCCUGCUCAAGCCUCCUGCUGAUGUGUCCCCUCCGCGUAGGAAAACCCGCCACGAUUCCCCUGACAUGUUCCCCCCACCACGCAGGAAAGCCCGCCAUGAUUCCCCUGACGGGGCCCCGCUACCGCGCAGGAAAGCCCGCCAUGAUUCCCCUGACGUGUCAUCCCCACAGCACAGGGGGACCCGCCACGAUUCCCCUGACAUGUCCCCACCGCGCAGGAAAGCCCACCAUGAUUCCCCUGAUGUGUCCCCGCCGUUGAGGGAGAAAGCCCGCCCCCACGAUUCCCCUGACAUGUCCCCACCACGUAGGACAGCCCGCCAGGUUUCCCCUGACAUGUCCCCGCCGCGCAGGAAAGCCCGCCACGAUUCCCCUGACGUGUUGCUGCGUUGCGGCGGGAAAGCCCGUCAUGAUUCUCCGAAUUUGUCUCCGCCGAGGAGAGCGCGCCGUGGCUUGUCGGAUGAUGCUGAUGCGGCAUUGCCUCCAAGAAGAGGUUGUCCUGACGGCCCGACCCCUGGUAUGGCUCCUACAAUGAGUGGGCGUGAUUCCUCGUCCUCCGGGGUUCGAUGGAAACGUAGUGGCUGGGAAAUACUCCCUGAACGGGAAAAGGAUGGGCAGACUUCCUUGGCUUCGUUAAAGGACAGAGGGGAUUUUCUGACUUCAACUUUGUCUGCUGGCAUAAGUGGUGCGGACUCACGCGUUUCGGGGAACGUAAAGAGAGGGAGGGGGGAGGGGGGAACAUGGGAAGAGGGAGGCGGAAAGAAGAUGUCCGAUGGUGCAGCAGCAGGUCUCCGCAAGGCCGAGGAAAUCAGAGUGGAGAUUGAGAAGAAGAAAGCUGAAGAUGAUCGAAGGUUGAAGUCCUUGGAUGCUUCCAUCAGUGGGAGAGGAGCGGCAACUGUGUACAGAGAUCGAGAGGGGAGGAAGGUUGAUGGCACCAUAGCUGUAGAAGCGAUGGCAGCAGCAAAGAGAGAGUCCGAGUCCAAUAAGCCCAAAGGCAGGGUGGGAGAGAAGCCAGAAUGGGGAAAGGGGUUGAUGCAAAGGAAGGAAAUGGAGGCACGGGUUCAAGCUGAAAAAGAGGAACGCAACAAACCCUUUGCCCGCUACAGGGACGAUCCGGACUUGGACAAAGCGCUCAAGAACGCAGUUCGCUGGGGUGACCCCAUGGCCCAUCUUGCUCUGAAGAAGCAGAGGGCAGAGGAGCUGGAGGCUCCGCGCCUGGACUCUGAGUUUGCAUCGACCUCAGGUUUCUGUGUUCCUCAGGAAAUUCCUCCCCACAGUUGGCUGAAGAGAGGCUUGCCGGCUGCACCCAAUCGCUAUGGGAUAAGGCCUGGGCGACACUGGGAUGGCAGGGACAGGAGCACGGGGUUCGAGAAGAAUCUGUUCAAAAACCGAAGCGAACGCCUGGCCUUGGAGAAAGAAGCCUACCUCUGGUCAGUUACUGACAUGUGAAUUCUGACUGUUCUGACUGUUCUGACGUACCCGGCUGACAAAGCCAUCCCGUGGGGGGAAGGAUAAACUUUGCUUCUCCUGUGUGCACUGUUGUCGGCUGUUGAGCGAGCUGGUGUUUCCCAUCAACCCCAGUGUGCUCUUAUACAUUUCUCCUUGACCUAGGGCUUUUGCUCGUGGCCGAGAUUUGCUCCUGGCCGUGCGAUGUGUGAUCUUCGUGGCGGUGGUUUCAAGUUGCUUUCUUGUACUCUUUUAUACAUUUCUCCUUGGCCGCGGGCUUUUGCUCCUCGUGGAGAUUUGCUCCUGGCCGUGCGGUGUGUGAUCUUCAUGGCCGUGGUUUCGAGUGUGCUUUCUUGUCCUGUGAAUUGAGAUGCAACAAGCGG